AUGGACGGUGUUGAAUACCUCAUAGCCAAAUCUACAAAGUCAAAUUCGACUAAAUCUACUAGUUCUGCUAAACAUGCUAAUAUCAACCUAUUUGAGACCAACAAACUUGUUGAAGAUCAUGCAACUUCUGAUACAAAUGAGUAUAUUACCAAUCUAUCUGAGACCAACAAACUUACUAAUAAUUAUACAACUUUCGAUACUAAUAAGGAUGCUACCAACCUAUUUGAGACUAAUGGGCUUAUUUAUGAUCAUACUGCUUUGGAUACUGAUAUUUCUGAAUUAGAAGAUGUUGAAAUGGAUUUGGAAAAUGAUUUUUAUGAUUCUAAUAGACAGUGGGAUGAGCUAAAUAACAAAAAUAAUAAAUAUGAAAGCCAAGAAUUUUUUAUUAAGUUAUGUAUUAAAGAUCAAGAUAAUAUUACAUUACCUGCAAAACAACUAAAUAUCUUAGCAGAUUCUUGUGGUGAAUUUCAUUAUCAAAUUCUUUCUCAUAUUCAACUUCAACUAAAUAAUACUACUAUUACCCAAAAUGAUUAUGUAUUGGCAUAUAAAAUUACUAAAGAAACUGGGGCAGAGACUCAAAUUAUUAAUGAAAAUGAUUUUAGAAGUUUUAUUGAAGAUUAUAAUCAAGCUACAAUAUAUUAA